GCCUCUCUUCUGUGAGACAGCGCCGAGGGUUUGAGUGACUAAUGGACAGGAAAGGGAAAACGAAGUUAACGCUAGUAGCUUGUAGCCUAGCUAUGAAACCCUGCAACAGCCAAACCUAGCUGGUGAACAAUCAGCGCCUACACUUAACUACAUAGCUAAUUUACUGGAGCUGUUAAACAUAACCGGAUCAAAUGGUUGAUGAGACUGUGCAGCCAUGGGUGACAUGAAAACCCCAGAUUUUGAUGAUCUUCUGGCUGCCUUUGACAUCCCAGAUGCCACGGGGUUGGAUGCCAAAGAGCCCAUCCAAGGGAGUCAUGAGGAGACAGACAGUCAGCUGAAACACACAGGGAUAUGUCUGGAUGACAGUUUAUUGGGUAACCAAGCUGUCACAGCAUCGGAUAUUCCUGCUGUAAGUGUUAUUGUGAAAAACACAAGUCGCCAGGAAUCAUUGGAAGGUUUUGGUGAUAGGCUUCACUCAGGAACAGCAUUGCAGAAUGGAUUCAGAGGACAAGAGACCUCCAUUGACUCCGUUGAGACAAGUAACACUGGCUUCUCCAAAUCAUUUGUCUCUGCUUUGAAUGGGGAGAGUUCAAGAGAGCUUCUUGGAAAGGCACCUAUUCAGCUCAAACCUGAUGGAACACCAAUAUUUUCCCAGUCACUUUCUCAUUUUAGUCCCAUCUCCAGCCCUGAGUCUGAAGACACUCAGUGUAGCAGAGAUGAAAUGCAUCCAAAACAAGAGAGACCCUGUUUCCCAGAAGCUUCAGUUUUGGUGGAACCUUCAGUCCCAGACAAUCCAAAUAAAUUGGACCUCAGCGUGUUUGAUGACUGCCCAACAAACUCUGGUAUUCCCAAGAACACUCAAAGGAGCAGAGCAGAAAGUAGUAGAAAUGAGGAGCCCUCUGAGACCUGUGUCAGUAACGAAAUGGAUACAACACCUAGAGUACACAGUGCACUUUCCCCACCAAAAAGUAACCAGAACUUUAUUGAGACCAACUGCAAUUCAGGAACCACAAUGGAUCUUCCCACCACUUAUUCACAUGUCAAAUCUCAGACAUCUAAAUUAUCCUCUUGUCUUGAGGCUUUGGUGGCUCUGAAUGCUAGAAAAGAUCCCAGUGAGCAGACUAAUCCCAGAGAGACAUCCUUAGUUCAGAAUGACUGCAUGAAAGCUAGCCCCAAGGUGCCCAUAUCCCCACGAAGCCCUAGAAGUCCACUUGAAGCUGUGAAACGGUUAAUGAAACCCUCUGAUAGCCCUGUGAGUAUCUGCAGUGAUAGUAGCAGCAAAGGAUCCCCUGCAUUGGCAUCUGGGUCACCCCCUGCUAUACCCAGGGUCAGAAUUAAGACCAUCAAAACCACGUCCGGGCAGAUCAAGCGCACAGUAACCAGUGUGCUGCCUGAUUCAGAAACAGAUGAAGUUCAUUCUACCUAUGAAUCCUCUCCAUCGCAGAGCAUGAUUAGUGAAGACUCUUACUGCAACAUGUCUCCUCAUCAGUCUCAAAUUGCGGUAGUUGAUAGCAUUGCUGGAAUACAGAGUAAAAGCACCCCAGCUAGUGCAUCGUCACCGAAAGGUUUACGCAACAAAUCAGAGGCAGACUCCAGGAGGUCAGGCACAACGCAGUCCGCAACAAUAUUUCAUAAUACUAGUGCUCCCGUCAAAAGGUCUGUUGCUCAUCUGGGGCAGAAACCAAAGAGAGUUUCAGCCACAACGGGCCAUACAACUAGCACAAACUUCCUUCCCAAAGCAAUGCACUUAGCUAGUUUGAACCUGGUCCCUCACAGCGUUGCUGCUUCAGUAGCUGCACGGUCCAUCUCUAAUCAACAAAGCCAACACACACUCUCCUCUCCGGUGUACAGUACUGUCCCAUUGGUGCAUCAGGUCAAAACAGCCAACCCUUAUCCUCGCACGUCCAAUCCCAACACAGCAGCAGGAACCUUGAACAGACUCUUGAAUAAUGCCAACCCUGUGCCAACAUAUGUGCCCAACCUGAACCCCCCUCCAGAGAGCAACAUCAACCUUCCACCACGGGGUUACUGCUGCCUUGAGUGUGGGGACUCCUUUGGGGUGGAGAGGAGUCUUGCGUUUCAUUACAGCAGGAGGAGCGUUCACAUUGAAGUAGGAUGUACACAUUGUGCAAAGACCAUGGUGUUCUUCAACAAGUGUGCCUUGUUGGCACAUGCCCGGGAGCACAAGAGCAAUGGCAUGGUGAUGCAGUGCACACAGCUCCAUAUGAAACCCAUUGCAGAGGAACAAAUGUUUGUGCCCCCGAGCGCUGAACCUUUGAAUUGGGACUCUUACACCUCGCCAUCACCCUCUCCUAAAAGCCAACCUGUCCUGCCCUUAUAUCCAGACAAUGUCAUUCGCCACCGACUCCGAUGCCUGGAGUGUAACAAGCAGUUAUCUGACUACAAAGCACUUGCAGGCCAUUACCAGAGGCCAUCAGAAGAUGUGGAAGGACUAAUGUGUAAGGUGUGCUCAAUGUUGCUACCCAACAAGUGCAGCUUCAGAGCUCACCAACGCAUUCAUGCACACAAGUCCCCCUACUGCUGUCCUGAGUGUGGUGCCCUGAGUCGCUCUGCAGACAUACAGAAGCAUGUCAAGGAAAACUGUCUGCACUAUGCACGCAAGGCUUGGUACAAAUGUCUUCACUGUGAUAUGGUUUUCAAGACCCUUCAAGGACAAAAGACUCAUAUUGAAGAGAAACACUGUGAGGUCUUUUACAAGUGCUCCAUCUGUCCAGUUGCCUUUAAGACCUCUGACAGCUGUGAAGUUCAUUUGAAAAAUAAACACAGUGCUGGCAAAAUAUCCCCUCAGUUGAUCUUUAAGUGUUCAUGUGAGGCCAUUUUCAAGAAAAAGCAGUUACUGUUCCAGCAUUUCCAUCAGAAUGCCAACAAGCGUGUUACCUGUGUAUUCAAGUGUCCAGAAUGCAACUCAGUCUUUCCACAAAAGCAGCUGUUAAUGCAGCACUUCAAGGGUGUGCAUGUGGGAAACACGACAGCAGAGACGGAGAAGAAUGGUAGACAAUCUGACAAGACUGACCGGCACCAGCAUAUUCAUUCCGUCCAACAACAGAAGAGUCACAGUGCCGUUAAACACACAGACGGUCCCAGAAAAAAAGCUGAGCAGGAUGGCAGAACUCGUGUGAAGCCUACCGGCUGGACGUGUGGGGAGUGUCUCCAGUGGUUCCCUGAAAGAGAAUCCUAUGUUUCCCAUGUGAAGACCAAACAUGGAAAGUCAAUGAAGAAGUAUCCAUGUCGACAUUGUGAGCAGUCUUUCAACUCUACAACCAGUCUGAGAAGACAUAUUCGCAAUGACCAUGACGGGAAAAAGAAAAUUUACACUUGCUGGUAUUGCACGGACACAAAGACUUUAUUUACGACAAGUGUGAUGUUGAAAAACCACAUCAGUCUGAUGCAUGGAAUCAAAAAUCCUGAUCUUGGCCAAAUGCCGAAAACCGCCAUCCAGGACUCAAAAAAGGCUUUGGGCAAGGGAGUUGUAUCAGAGACACCUGCUGUGGGCACACAGAAGGAGGGGCCAGAUCGCGCUGGGAGUCUGGAGGCUCCAUCGGCGAAGCGUCUGAAAACUCAGUUCCGCUGUUCAAAGUGUGGUUUCAUUACAGACGACAGUACACAGUUCCAGCAGCAUUUACCUCAGCAUAAAACUGAUGAAAACACUCCUCAGUGCCUUCACUGUGGCCUGUGUUUCACAUCUGUGCUGUCUCUCAACAGACAUCUUUUUAUUGUACACAAAGUCAAAGACCCUGAGGAAGAGGAGACAGAAGAGGAGGACGAGGAGGAGGAGGAGGGGGCGGCAGAGGGUAGGGAGAAGGAGCAGGAUAAUCAGCCAGUUGAAUCAGCAGAGACUGAUGAGGUACAUCAUUUGUUAACAGAGCUAAACAAAACGGAGUCCUCACAGGCGGAAGAGCCAGCAGGUCUGCACUGUGACAAGACCACAGACUGUAUUUUAAAACUGAGCGCUCACUCUCAGUCACAAACAGUGUCUCUCCGGUAGUGACAGCCGCCUCAGCUCCUCUUUAAAGUUGCUGUAAUAUCUUCAGUUUUCAGGUGAAAGUAACAAGGGAUGCUUGACGUUAUGCAUGGAGGUGGUACAGGUGGAGUGUUUGGGCCUUUAAUUUUGAAAUUUCUUUAAAGUUAUUCAGAGGCCAUGCAGUAUAUUCAAGCAUAUCCUUAACAUUUAAUAAAGAACAGUAUUUUCAUAAAAGACAGGACAAAUAAAUAUUCAUAUUUCAGUUAUUUUUAUGUAACUUUGCAUGUUGGUAAUAUAUUCAUCUUGACUUCCAGGCAUAACUGCAC